AUGACCAAGCUCAAAGUAGGAUGGCAUCGUGAGCAUUUCCUCUCACCUCUCCUUCAAUUUGCAGAGCAAGAUAAGGGCGAUACGUUCGAACUGGUCGAAUGUCCAGGAGGGACAGGGGAGAUGCAAGUGAAAUUGAAGAAUGGUGAAAUAGAUUUAUGUAUCGCUUUGACAGAUGCGUUGAUAGCUGGAUUAGCGAAUGGUCAGGAUUCUUAUAAAUUAGUUGGAAGAUAUAUCGCUAGUCCUCUCAGGUGGGCUAUCAUAACAGGUAAAGAUAGCCAGUAUAACACCGUCGAUCAAUUGAAGGGUACGACAUUUGGUAUAUCUAGAUUAGGCAGUGGAUCUCAAGUAAUGGCUUCUGUGCUAUCGCUGAACGAAGGUUGGACAGAAGAUGAACAACCUAAAUUCAAAGUGAAUGGUCAAUUCAAGCCUCUCAGAGAUUCUGUCAAUUCCGGUGAAACAUCAGUAUUCCUGUGGGAAUGGUUCACUACGAAACCAUAUGUGGAUUCAGGUGAGGUGAGGUUUAUCGGGUCUGUGUAUACCCCAUGGCCAUGCUGGCACAUAGCCGCCUCCCCUUCAUCCUCUUCAUCGCAAAUAUCUCAAUUCCUCACCUCACUCCAACCGUACGUGAGAAAAUUCAAUUCAGCCGAAGCCAGGGAAAAGGACGAUGUCGAUUUUGUCACUUCGUACUUUGGACAUCAGAGGGAAGACGUCGUAGAGUGGUUGAAGAGCGUUAAAUGGGAAGAAGAUCUGUUGCAGGUCAAAGAAAAUGUUGUGAGAGAUACCCUCAGGGUGCUAGCUAAAGCGGGUGUGGUCAAGCCUGACGCUGAGAGUUUGGAUAUUGGUACGUUUGUCAAUACCGAUGUAGCUCAGAUUGUAUGA